GCUUCUAAAGGGGUGCUUUAUGCAGAAAGCCAAGCUUUUUUCCAAACCAGCCCGCUUCAAUUAAAAAACUGUCUCUGAAAAAACCCUCCCAAACAAAAACCAUCCCAAACUAUCUAUGAAAAAACCCUCCCAAACCAAACAGCCCCUUACUGUUGGUGGCUUUAUUUGUUUAUGUUAUUGUUGUGAUGUGCAUUUGGCAUAACUGAUCCACUUCUGUAUUUCUCAUGUGCCUACCCAGACUAUAUGACAGUUUAUAUCUACAGGUUGAAUUGUUUGUGAAUCUGCUUUUCAUGACUGGGAUGACAGAAAGCAAUUAGAAUUUGAUUUGCUUUAUCUCUGUUUAGAAACUGGCUUAUCGUUUCAUAAUCAAUGGCUCGUAAAGGAAACCAACAGAAGAAUGGUUUGGACAGAAGCACAGCAAACGACAAAAAAGGAGGUAUCCAAUCAGGGUCGGCAACACCUAAUAGAAAAGGAAAGGGGAGUGUAGGCAACAUGAAGGAUGUGAAAAGGGAAGAACUUUCAAGUGAUACUCAACCAAGCAUAUCUGUGACCGAGUCCCUUCACAAACAAGAUCAUGUUAAAGAUGAGAAGAAAAGAACAAGCAAAUCUGGAAAACAAAUUAAAGUAGAGAUUCAAGGUACAACCAGGACAUCUGCUGUAGAGCAAGCAGAACCACGUGACAGUACUUCUGAAGAUUCCAGUGCUAACAUGUCARCAAYUGGAAGUUCUUGUUUGGAAGAAGAGAAGUGGGCKUCAGCUAGUGGUAGUUCUGGAUCAAAGAACCGAAAAACUAGUUCUGGCCACUCUUUAAAUGGAUUCGAUCGGGAUGGUCUACGUGAAAGUGUAGAGCUUCCAGAAGCCUUGGGUGUUAGGUAUUUGAAGACKUUUGUGUUGYCUGUCUCACAGGUCUCAACUGAAUGGUUGGAYAGACACAAGCCUUUGAUUGAUAUUUUAGUAACCAAGAUAAUAAUCUCUCGUGAUUAUGUUAGAAUGAAAAUCAAGCAUGCUUACCCGAUUAUCUUGAGGUGGCUUACACAUUUCAYCAACAUAUUGCUUAUCCUUUCAAUGGUUUGGUUGGAUUGCACUCUUAGAGGUAUAGAUUCUGUUAUACGCAUGGGGACAACAUCAUUUUUCACAGUUAUUUGGUGCAGCAUCUUUUCGGUGGUUGCAAUGAUUGGAAUGCUCAAAUUUGUCACUAUUGGGGCUAUAGUUGCUUUGGUGGCACUUUUUGUAGGGUUCACCAUUGGUCUUCUGUUGCUUGCUGUUUCUGGAAUUGUUUUUUUGUGGUUGUAUGGAAGCUUUUGGACAACUUUAAUUGUUGUCCUGUUUGGUGGGGUGGCAUUCACGUUUAGCCAUGAGCGUGUUGCACUGUUUAUUAUGACUGUGUACUCUGUAUAUUGUGCAUGGACACUGGUUGGCUGGCUUGGUAUUAUCUUGGUUUUGAAUCUAUCAUUUUUCUCAAGUGAUGCUCUUAUUUUCUUCUUGAGGAAUAGCAUGAAUGAGCAAAGGAGAUCCAACAGCGGCCCUGAACAAACAGCUGGCAUGCAAAGUGGACCAAGUGUCUUCAACAGCGACGAAGCGCAUGCUUCACACACUGAUGGUGGGACCAAUCCACAAGCUGACCGUAGCCCAGGGGUACCUUCAACCAGUGGGUCUGAUUCUGGCUUAACAUCUGAAGAUGAAGUUGUUCGAUUGUUAAACUCAACAGAUUACUAUUCAGCAUUGGGUUUGUCUAGAUUCCAAGAAAUAGAUCUGUCUAUUCUCAAGCGCGAAUACAGAAAAAAGGCAAUGAUGGUCCAUCCUGAUAAAAACAUGGGUAAUGAAAAGGCCGCAGAAGCUUUUAAGAAACUUCAAAACGCAUACGAGGUUUUGCUAGAUAGUUCUAAGCAAAAAGCAUAUGAUGAUGAAUUGAGAAGGGAGGAUCUUCUGAAUUAUUUCCGUAGGUUUCAAAAUGCUUCUCCAAAGAAUAAACGGUCUGGGUUAUUUGGACGCACGGAGUUUCAUGUGGAUGAUCCUUUGGGAGAGUCUAGGCGAAUUGCAUGCCAAAAGUGUAGCAGUUUUCACAUGUGGUUUUACACCAAAAAGACAAAAUCUAAAGCCAGAUGGUGCCAGGAGUGUAAAGACUUCCAUCCGGCGAAAGAUGGAGACGGGUGGGUUGAACAAUCAUCCCAACCGCUCCUUUUUGGGAUAUUUCAGAAGGUAGAUGCUCCUCGUGCUUAUGUUUGUGAAGAUAGCAAGAUAUACGAUGCGACGGAAUGGUGUAUCUGCCAAGGAAUGAGGUGUCCUGCAAACACUCACAAACCAAGCUUCCAUGUGAACACAAGUGUAAUGUCAACAAAGCACAGUAAUGGAAAGGGAGGAAGCAGCUCUUCAACCCAUAGAGGAGGUGGUGGUGGGAUGCCAAAUAUGGAUGAGAACAUGACAGAAGAGGAAUUCAUGGAGUGGUUACAGAAUGCUGUUCAAGCCGGUACGUUUGACAAUUUUGCAGCCAAUGGUUCAGAUAUGCCGACAUGGCCCGGAAAUAAAACCAGUAAUGCUAAUGCCAAUGGCAAUGCCAAUGGCAAUGGUAAUGGUAAUGGUAAUGGUAAUGGUAAUGGAAGUAGCAGCAAAAGAAAGAAGAAAGGUAAGAAAUAUUAAUUUGAGUGGUUGGUCGGUUGGUAAUGUAGUUGUUAAUGGGAAGAGCACAAAACCCAAAGGUUAAAUAGCUUUGUCAACGUUUGCCAACUGAGAUGACAACUACUUAUAUACUACUACUACUAGUACUACUUGAAAAUUUUAUUUAAUGAGGGGUAAUAUUGUCAUUUUAA